CUUUUUCAACUAGACCUAAUUAAUGAAGUGAGAAGACAGUUUUACCCUUGUCUCUUCUUCUCCUUCUCCGAUUAUCCACAGACUCGGCGGCAGCGCCCCCUAAAUCUCUCCGUCUCUCUAGUUUCUCUUCUCCGCCGUCUCUCUAUCUCCCUCUAGUAUUUCGUUUCUUCUCUCUUUCACCCGCUCUUUACAUAACUUCAGCGGCUUCCUCGCUCCAUCGCCAAGAAACUUAAACCCGACUGAGUUUGAAUUCAUCUCAACUUCUUCUUUUCCUUUAUAAUCUUUCGAGACCACCGGAAAAAAGGCCAUGGAGAUAGACAGAGAUGAUGGUCGUACUCCUAACCAGUUGAGACCACUUGCUUGUUCUUGCAACGUUCUUAAUCGUGCUCAUGGCUCCGCCAGUUGGUCCCAAGGUGAUACGAAGGUUCUUGCUGCAGUCUAUGGACCUAAAGCGGGAACGAAGAAGAAUGAAAAUCCUGAGAAGGCUUCAAUUGAGGUUAUAUGGAAACCCAAGACAGGGCAAAUUGGAAAACUGGAAAGGGAGUGUGAGAUGAUAUUAAAGCGGACAUUGCAGAGUAUUUGCAUAUUAACUACUAAUCCCAAUACCACCACAUCUAUUAUUGUUCAGGUUAUUCAUGAUGAUGGAGCUCUUCUUCCUUGUGCUAUUAAUGCAUCAUGUGCUGCCCUUGUAGAUGCUGGAAUUCCUUUAAAGCAUCUUGCUGUUGCGAUUUCCUGUUGUUUGUCUGAGAAUGGAUAUGUUAUUUUGGAUCCAACCAAGAUAGAGGAGGAGAAAAUGAAGGCAUCUGUGCAUUUGGUCUUCCCAAACACGCCUGUCUCAGUAGUUCCCGAAGGAUCUACACAAGGUGUAGGUGAACCACUGGAGCAUGGAAUGAUCACAUCUGUAACUCAGGGUGCAAUGUCAGUGGAUGAUUAUAUUCACUGCCUGGAACGGGGGCGUGCUGCUACUACAAAAAUGUCUGCUUUUCUGAGGAGAAGUUUGCAGCCCCAACUCUCAAUGGAUUCCUCAAAAGCUGGUUGAUUGGAUUCAAGUUCUACAACAAAAUCAGGCUGGGAAGUUUGAUAGAGAAAAGAAUAUACUCACCAAGCCUCCGGUGAGGUACGUUAACAAGAAGCUGGCAGCUGAAGCUGCUAGCAACUGAACAAUCCAAUAUAGAGCGGAUCGAACGACUGUGAUGUGGCCACCGAAAAGUAGACCAAGAGUAACAGCAGGGUUGAGGUGGCCACCAGAAAUGUGGCCAGUAGAGAUCAUCACAGCCACAACAAAGGCAUGAGCAACUGCAACGGCGAAUAAACCGACAAGUGCGUUUGCCAAUAACGCAUCUAAAUCACGUAGAAAGAAAAGCAAUAAAUAUGUCAAUCCCAAUAUACAAUCUAGCUGUAUCAAGAAUAAAGAGGAAAAAAGAAAAACUAGAUCAGCAGAGAAACUUACUGGCAGCCAUGGCUGAUCCGACACCAGCAAAGACGAAAAGGAAAGUGACAAUGAACUCGACGAUGAGGGCUCGGAUGCAAUCGGGCUGGUAGGCCUCGCCGAUGCUUCCAAUUGCAAUUUUGGCCAUUGGUUCUGGCGAGUUCAAGGACUGAACUACAAGAAACUUGGAAAGGAGUUUGGUUGGCAAUUUUCUGAAUAAAACUAAGUGCGGUUUUAUAAGCAAUUCAUCAUGUGGGCAAAUGGUAAGUAUGAUGACAUAUUAUUGUGCCACGUAAGUAAAUUACAUUUGUGUUCGUUGACUUGAACUAUAUUUACGGGUUGUGCCAUCCAAUUAUUGAAGCAAAUAAAGGGGAAAGAAAUGGCCUUUGAA